AUGCGGGCCUUCUCCCGGGAGGACCCUGCUGUCUGCUGCCGCAGUCCUGUUGGCUCCUUUCGGAGCCUCAGGCCCGAGCUCCGAGUCCCGCAGGCAGUCUGGCUUUUGCUGCUCCGGGCCCUGGCCUUCUGCCUGCUGCACAGACUCCUGGUCCUGGCUGAAGAGCACCAGUGCUCUCGAGGGUUUUUGGCCCAGGAGGACUACAUGCUACACGGUGCUUGGCUGAGCCUGCAGCCUGACCUACCGUGGGCUCCUGCCUGCCUGCUGCUCCAGGGACUGCCCCCUGGCACUGCCUCCCAGAGCCUGGAGCAACACAUCCAGGCCCUGCUGCAGGCCAUGGGGCACCCAGAGCAGGCCUGUCAUGCCUAGGUGCCUGUUAGGGAAGAUGCCCAGAGAUGACUUGCAGCCCUGCCCACAGACGCCUGUGUUCUGCAGGGGCAAGCCUGAGCCCUGGGCCAGAGUGGGCCAAGGCGUCCCUCGCCUCAAGUGCCCCGGGGCCGAGCAGUGCGUGUGGUGGGGGCACCCGCGGCAGACCUGCUGCCAUGGCUGCGCCUAGAGCAUGAGUGCGCCAGUGGCGGCGGCCCUGGAGGGCACUGCCGUCUCCUUCCAGCACUGGCAGGGUAAGUGGGGCCACCAGGCUCACCUGGCCCACCCCAACUUGGCGAGCGGGUGCUGCAGGGGGACCCCUGGCUGCGAGGCUCAGAGCUGAGUCCUGCUCCCUGCUAUGACUUCCUGGACCCUGAGGGGCUUUCAGAGGACGCCAGGGGAGGGCACUACCUGGCUGCUCUCCCUGAGGCUGGAGGGCCAGCAAGGGCUCGGAAGGGUGCAGGGAUUGGACAGACGGCCUGGUGGAGACUGCUGGUGAAGCAGCCAGGACCCAAGUGCUUCGUCCUGCUCUGCCAUGAGGAUCUUCUUGCUCACCUGGGAGAUGCUGCCCUCUUCCCACUUGAAGGGUCAGAUCCCCUGGUCCUGCAGUUCUGCAGAGCCCUGGCCCCAUGCCAGGUGGUGGAGGAAUUUCCAUAAAGUCUGCCAGGCAGUGUUAGCCACCACCUGCUGAGCCUGAGGCACACAGGCAGUGCCAGCUUCCUGCUGGGUGCCGAGGAGCAACACCUUCUUCAGGGGCUACAGGCUUAUUUCCGGUAUUUCCUUGUAACAAAGCAUCUGGCCAGAGUGGUCCUGGACACAGACGCUGGGCAGAGGAGGCUGGAGAACUGCUGGCCACUCCGAAGGGCCUGGCAGGGAGAACUGGCUACCCCUGGAGCUGGGGGGGAGGAGCUGGAGGAGCGGCUGGAGGAGCACCUGUGCCCAGGGCUGAGGAAGGGCCUGUGGCCCCCAGCACAGGGGUGCCUGGGCAGCUCGAGAGGAGGAGAGGGGAUCCCAGGAGAUGAGACUGGUGGCGGGGCCCGCCUGGUGGUGCACAUGGCCUUUGAGAAGGACGUGGACGAGCGCCUGGAGCUAGGAGCUGCCUCGGAAGUGCACCUCUGGGAGGGGGUGGUGGGGCCCCAGGGCCGCAUGCUGCCUGCGGAGCUUCACACCUACCUGAGGAGCUGCCCCGGUCUCCCGCAGGUGGAGUGCGUGUGGCAUCCGCUGCUCCCACAGCAGUACCAUCUGUACCCUAGCGGCACAGAGCAGGCCCUGUACCACGGCGCAUCUGCUCGGGGCGGCCCGAACAUCUGCGCGGACGCCUUCAACUGCAGCUUCAGUGGCUGCAGUGCAGGCACACUCUAUGGGCAGGGCGUUUACUUCACCAAGCGCACCUCCCUGUGGGCGCAGGACCGCUAGGCACCUCCCAGCUACGACGGCCACGUAUCUGUGGCUCGGGUGCUGACUGACGACCACGGACUGGGCCGCCGUGGCUUGCGGGCACCACCUCCUCGGGCCCGAGGACGCGCUCUACGCUACGACCUCGUCGCGGACCGCCUCCGCCAGCCCAGCAUCUUCGUCAUCUUUCACGACAUCCAGGCGCUGCCCACCCACCGCAUCACCUGUGAGCACAAGCCCCGCGCUUCCGCGGACCCCUCUGGGCUCUUCAGUCACUUCCCGUCUGCCUAACCCGGGAGGCUCCGCUGGCCCAGCCUCUGCCCGGCGCACAGCCUUACCGCCCCCUGCGCUGUCUGCACCGCCCCAGGGGGUGUCCCCGCGUCCCGCUGCGGCGCGGGGACGGGUGGUGCGGACGCGAGUGGCUGGGGCCUUGUCCUCUGUGGGUCCCGGUCCGGCCUGGGCCGGUCCAACCACUAGGGGUCAGCAGAGCCCUGGAGGAGGGUGGGCCGGCCCGACAACGCCCGUCUCCGCCAGACCUCGCCAGAGCGCGACGCUGUUGCUUGAAAAAAGUGUACUUGAAACCAGGCGGAGGCGCCCUCCGGGGCUCUGGGUCCGAUCUCCGCAUGGGGGCGGGGUCCCUUGGCGUGGCUAAAGGUGCAGGCGGCGGGGUGGGGGCGGGGCAGAGCGCGCGGCUCCUUGGGGUGGCCCUUGGUGCCCGGCCGACACCUGACCCAGCGCGCACCCUGCGACCCCGCGCCGCCUUAGUGUCACGCACGCUGCCCCAACAACGUCUCCUUGCUGACCC